UAGGUUGUGUGUGACAACUGAUAACGUUUCGGAAGAACUGUGUUUUGUGGCUGAAAUUUGUCCAAAUGGAACCGAGUUUGGAUUGUAGAACUCCUCCAACAUCACCAGAGCUAAGCCGUUUAAAGACCAAGCGUCGAUGCCCAUUUGGAGAGUCUCCUCAACCUUUGAAGGUCCCGGCGUCUGAAAGCGUAAUGGCGCGCGAUGACAGUUCCACACGUACAACUGAUCAAAGUUCCACGUCAAUCACUGCUUGUGCAUUUGAGGUGCUCAUGAACAGCCAGAGAAGUCAAAGGGAUGCUGUCCAUACUUCUCCACUACAACCAGCUGUGACUAGUUCUUCCUGUCAAUGUUGGAUUUGUCACCAUUAUGGUGAUUCUAUGCCAUGUGCAUUCUGUGAACACAGUGUUUGUGAGAUGUGUGUGCGUCAAUGUGACAGAUGCUUUGGAGUAUUCUGUGCUUUCUGCUCCACUAUCAACUAUGAUAAUCAUGAAGAGCGUCCUUUGUGUCUAACUUGUCACCAUGAGGAGCUGCGCUGGCAGCAAAACAGAGCAGCCCAAGUAGUACAGCAAUCAGGAACUUGGGAAAGGCCAGGGAUGGAGGUCUACAGGCCACUUAUGGCAUAGCACAUCACAUACACACUGCUUUGUAACAUACAUGUAUAUACCACGGACUUUCUACCGGUUUUAUCGUUGAAGACCCUUACUUGGAAGAGCAAUUUUUGUUACCAGUAACCUAACAUCGGUAUGUACAUUCUCCAUACUUUUCUCUAUACAUUUCCUGAGGUGCUGACAAGAAGAAUUUGAUUGAAGUGCUGGUGAUCAUUUCCUUUAUUCUCAUGACCUUCAUGUUUGAUUCAGGGGUGAUAUUGUAAGGAGAAAUUAGAUGCUGGUCACUCUUAAGGGUUAAAGGGUUAAGUUUAUGUUUAUUUGUGAAAUUCAUAUCCCUUAACCCUUUAACUCCCAGAAGUGAUGUUUUAACCUGUAACUUCUCCCAACAAUAUUCAUACAUUAUCCAUCAAACAGGUAAUGAGAAUACUUAAACUUAUCAGGUUGAAGUUGUUAUCUUGAUUUAAAACCAAAUUCUUGUAACUAUUUUACAAGGAAAUGUGUAGCAGCUAGAGGGGAGAAUUAACAAUCAGAUCUGGGAGUUAAAGGGUUACUGGUAAUCCUUUCACUUCAGUGAGAGGAGAUAGUCCUCAGCAUUGACUGGCUAGAACUCUGUGUAAGCUUUUAUACACACUAAGUUGCAUAAAGGUUGUUACCUAAAAAGCCUUUGCAAUGAAUGAUGAGACCCCCCCCCCCUACACCUAUAUGGGUCAGAUGUUAAUAAUCACCACCAUUAGUUGCAUGUGGUGAAUGAUGGAAGCUAUCCAAACUUUGCUGGAAGAAAAGGGUUUUCAUCAAAAAAUAUUUUCCAUGAAUGAGAAGAGAAGUGAAUAUUAGAGGCUUCAAAAUCCCCCUGGCAACUGAACUUUUGAAGAUUGGUUUGUUCAAAUUCCCCCCCCCUCCUGACCUGGGGAAAAAAUUGUGUUCAAAUGCCCCAACCAUCCUAAAGCUUGUAUUCUGCUUGAGAGAUUUGGCACCUCCUUUUCAAUUCCCCACCCCAGCCUGGAAAGGUUCAAAUUCCUCACCCCAUGGGCACAGUUAAAUGCCCAUGGCUUGCCUGGGGAGGGGGAUAUUAAAGCUUUGAAUUGAAUAGGACACUGUAUGUGAACAUUUCCCAUAAAGCUGUUGGGUCUCAUCAUUCAUAGAACAUGCUAUUCAGGUGCCAAUUUUUUUGCAUUUCAGUGUAUGUUUUUGUAUAUGUUUAGCAUUUGCCAUGUCACCAGUAUUUUCUAAAGGUAAAGUAAGUAUUGAUGAAAAAUUUGGCAGACAAGGCUGUAGCAUUUAUUAUUAACGUGAAAGUAUUUUCCCAUAGGGCUUUUAUUCAAAGGUUGAACUUAUUUAAAAAAAUCACAUUUAUUAAA